CAUCGUGAUUAUUCUCUAGUGUCACUCAUCAUUCAGCUUGUCGAAUUGGAAAUGCCGUUCGCGGUGAUCAGGCCCACAAUGGGAGAGGAUGCAGAAACUAAUCAGCGAUCAAUGACAGUCGAUGCCAUAAUAACACGCAAACUGGUGUUCAGGAAUCGACCAAAACCCCUCAUAACACAGCAGCAUCUUGCAGAGUACUGA